AUGACUACGAGGCGUAGACGGCCAGGGAAAGAGCAUGUGGGCGAGGAGGAUAAGCCCGGCGGCCGCCCCGAUGAGAGAUUGCCGGAGAGAUUGUUUGCGACGGACAGAUACCCAAGUCGGCGUCUUAAUGUUUAUUCGAGUUUGAAUUUCCUAGUCGCGGUGAAGGAUGUUCUUCGUGGUACGCCGGAGAUGGAUAGGAUUAUGGGCUCCUGUUUCGGGAAGUUGUUUGAAUUACCUGUCCAUAGAUGUAGCUAUCCCUCUGUGAUGAUACACACGCUGCUAGCGAGGCAGUUGGUGACGAAGAAGAGGUACGAAGCCUGGCCAGUGUUUGGUGGCAACCCUCUAAGGUUUCCAAUGGUGGAGUUUGGCCGUGUAACUGGCCUCCCGUGUGGAGAGUUUGAGGAAGGAUAUGUUGUAGAAAUGAAGCCAAAAUACAAAGAGGAGGACUAUGCUUACUGGGACAAGUUGUUUGACAGCAGGCGCGACAUAAUGAUUCCUGACGUAGUUCAGAUGGUGACAGAGGACCUAACCAUUUCGCGCAGCCGACGGUUGAAGCUGUGUUUGAUAAUAAUUGUGGAUGGGGUGCUCAUAGCCUCAACCCACCCAGCUCGCCCUACACUUAAGCAUGUGAAACGGGUUGAGAAUCUGAAGAAUUUCUUGGCUUUUCAGUGGGGGAGGGAGUCAUUUUACUGGACAGCGACCGACAUGAUUCCACCGAAGAGGGUAAUGGGGGUUUGCGAUGACCCGCCGGGAGAGUUCUGCACCAAGCUGAGGCAGAAAACGAAAAAAAUGACUGGUUUGCCACUAGCGCUCCAGCUAGUUGCUUAUGAAUGCAUACCUCAGCUUUUGGCUAGGCUUGGUGGUAACGAUGACCUGAAGAUCAUAGACUGUGAAAGCCUCCCACAACACACGGGAUUGAACUUGGUGGACGUAUUGGAGGCUGAGCACCAUUCCGAGCUGACUGUGCAGCCUAUGAUGGAGAUAGGGCCGAACAAACCAGACGGGUGGGGAGAAUUGGAUGAUGAGAUACACGAUCGGAGGAUGAAGAACAUGGUGCGGCUUAUAGAAGACGGACAUAAUUUCACGAAGUCAAUGUGGCGCGGUGGUGAUGCAGCAGAGGAUUUGUACGAUCAUGAGAAGCAUAAGGCCGCAAACAAGAGGAAACGGCAGAGACGGGUGAGCACAUACUUCCGGAGGCCGACUUUGGUAGAUGAUGAUAAAUAUGACGAGCUAGUUGCACGGUUUGAUGCUUUGGAAAAGGUUGUCGUGUGGAUGAAUAAGAGGUUAGGGAGGCGCAAGAGGACAGGGGUUACACCGAGGAAGGAGAUUUUCUGUAGUGGGGGAAGGGUGAAGGAAAAAAAGAAGAACAGUGCUGGAGCGGCUGAGGUGGAAGAACAAAGGGAUAAAACCAAAUCACCUAUUGUAAAAGAUGUUGGUGAGGAUGUGAGCGUGGACGUUGAUGAUGUAGGAAUAGGUAACGAAAAGUUACCUGCUGAAAGUGAGGAUGUGGAAGCGGAAGAAGAGGAAGACAGUGAAGAUAGUGUGGGUGAGGAUGUUGAAUCGGAAGACGAUGAAGAAGAGGAAGACGGUGAAUUUAGUGGCGGUGAGGAUGUGGAAGCUGAAGAUUAG